AUGAAAUGGACUCCGACAACCCUCCUCCUCCACCUCCUUUGGGGCUGGCAAUUUGCUCUCUGCUGCGCUGGUGAAGUGGUCCUCCUGCUAGCAAUAGGCGGCGCCACAACUGCUAUAGGCGGAGCCACAAGGCCUGUUGCGUACUUCUCCUGCGUCCUUUUCCUCUAUGAACCCAACUCUGAUAUCAAACACAGUUGGGCAUGGCUCUUAUUCAUUGCGACAGCGUUUUCAGCAGUACUAGUCCUUGGGGAAGUGUGUCUCUUCGCCAACGAUCAAUUAACACCCAUCAUUUUCCUCGGUUUUCAGACUGGGAAACUAGCCUACGCGGUGCUGGUUUUCAUCCUCUUCCUGGUGUUUUCAACUAUGCAUGAAACGGAGUACUUGUGGCAUUUUGUUUUGGGGGUUGCGGUGUUUUGUCCGCCGUGGAUCUUGACUUUCUUUCUGGCUGUUCUCAUUCAAGUCGCUGCACAGACGCCUGUGAAGCAGGAGGCGAUCGGGAAUGGGGACGCAGAAAUUGCACCGGAAAGAGCACCGUUACUGCCGGCGCAAAUUCCGAGCCCGAGGUUACCGAGUCAGAGAAUUGCUGUGCAGAGGUAUCCGAGCUCCAGCAGAUAA